CAAAAAGCGUAAUUAAAUAAAAUAGUUAAAAUGCUGUUAUGGUAUAGUAUAUUUUUGGUUAAUGUUGCACUUUCUGUUGGGAAUGAGAAAAUAUUUGGAGGGAGAUAUGCAAAAGAGGGAGAGUUCCCUUUUGUUGUAGCUAUUCGAGGCAAACUACUUUGUGCUGGUGCUUUGGUAACAAUGUCUAAAGUGGUAACGGCAGCUCAUUGCUUUAAAUUAGACCAGAACGGCCAAGUCGAAAAUAUAAAUUUAAAUGAAACAUGGGUCACAGCAGGAUCCGUCGACAUAGAGAACUUGAGUGAUGAGUACGACGAAAGGAAAAUAGAAAGGAUCUCGGUGCCCCAUGGAUACAAAGUUGGAUCGAGGUUUGGCGGACGACUCGAUUCGCACGAUGUCGGCUUGGCGUUUUUAAAUAAUCCAUUCUACGUGGGAAGAAAGUUACAAGUUUUGAAAAUUGUCUCGAGGAAUAAAGCGAUAUUUAAACAAAAGUGGGACGAACUCGUGGCUAAAAGGACGAUAUGCUAUGCCAUGGGCUGGGGCGCGACUGUCUUUUCCCUUAACGAUGCUGGUGAAGAGGUCGUAUCCAAUCCAUCUCCUAAAUUGAAAGUAAUCGAAGUAAGACCUUUGUCAAAUCGGAGUUGUCAAGCAGUGUAUAAGGCCGAAGAUGAUAUGACGGUGUACGGCGAAGUCUGCGUUGAUUCUGUUAAAAGGGCAGAGUCGAUCUGCGACGGAGAUUCCGGUGGUCCGUUGGUCUGCGAUGGCCUCUCUUAUGCAAUACUCAACCAUGGUCCAAGGUGUGGAACUACCUAUUAUCCACAGGGUUAUGUCCUUUUCUGGUACUACUUGGAAUUUUUAGGACUCGCUUCUUCUUCAUCGAUACCGAAGUUCCAUCGCUUUCUAAUAUUUUUUCCUGUCCUAAAUAAUUAUAUAUAGUGUUUUAAAAAUAUCGCAUUUUUUGCUUAGUGUACAAGUGUAAACUUUUUAGU